AAAAAGCUCAGCCGGGGCUCGGCGAGGACGCGGGCUUGGAAAGGAUCGGGAUUCGGACGCCCACUCCGAGGGGCCGGACGGUGGUAUCUCUUUCUCCGUUGGUGGUCCAGCGCGCAUGAGGGAAUCGAGCCUCGGCUCCUCAACGGCCUCAGCAGUCGGGACGCACACACUCUGCGUCAUGGCGGGCUAAGGCCGAUGAUGAAUUCCGGUGUGCAUGUCAGGGUUGCUGUGUCACUCGGCCCGCUGGGCGCGCCCCUUCCCGGCCGCCCUUCCGCACCGGCCUUCGGGCUCUUCCGGUCCCGACGCCCCUAACCUUCAGGCCCUCUCGCGCUGCACGCCCGGCCUCCCCGGCGGACUGAUCUCGCGCGGUGCCAGGGCACCGGGCGCCGGACCUACUAGUGCCAUGGCGAGCGGCGCCGCCAGGUACCGGCUGAGCUGCUCGCUUCCGGGCCACGAGUUGGACGUGCGGGGCCUGGUAUGCUGCCUCUAUCCACCGGGGGCUUUUGUGUCCGUGUCCCGAGACCGCACCACCCGCCUCUGGGUCCCAGACAGUCCUAACAGGGGCUUUACAGAAAUGCACUGUAUGAGUGGCCACUCCAAUUUUGUCUCUUGUGUAUGCAUCAUACCUUCAAGUGACAUGUACCCUCAUGGACUAAUCGCCACUGGAGGAAAUGACCACAAUAUUUGCAUUUUCUCACUGGAGAGUCCAGCGCCACUUUAUGUACUAAAAGGUCACAAAAAUACUGUUUGUAGUCUUUCAUCUGGAAAAUUUGGGACAUUACUUAGUGGCUCAUGGGACACUACUGCUAAAGUCUGGCUGAAUGACAAAUGCAUGAUGACCUUACAGGGUCAUACAGCUGCAGUAUGGGCAGUAAAGAUAUUACCUGAGCAGGGCUUAAUGUUAACUGGAUCAGCAGACAAGACCAUUAAACUGUGGAAGGCUGGAAGAUGCGAGAGGACUUUUUCUGGGCAUGAAGACUGUGUAAGAGGCUUGGCAAUUUUGAGUGAGACAGAAUUUCUCUCCUGUGCAAAUGAUGCUAGUAUUAGAAGGUGGCAAAUCACUGGCGAGUGUCUUGAAGUAUUUUAUGGUCAUACAAAUUAUAUUUAUAGCAUAUCUGUCUUUCCAAAUUGUAAAGAUUUUGUGACAACAGCAGAAGACAGAUCUCUGAGAAUCUGGAAACACGGGGAAUGUGCUCAAACAAUCCGACUUCCAGCUCAGUCUAUAUGGUGCUGCUGUGUGCUAGACAAUGGUGACAUUGUGGUUGGUGCGAGGUAUUCAUGUUCUAGUCAGUCAAUCAAUAAUAUGUGUCUAGGCCUUAGUGAUGGUAUUAUUAGAGUGUUUACAGAAUCGGAGGAUCGGACAGCAAGUGCUGAGGAAAUCAAGGCUUUUGAAAGAGAACUCUCUCAGGCAACCAUUGAUUCCAAAACUGGUGAUUUAGGGGACAUUAAUGCUGAGCAGCUUCCUGGGAGGGAACAUCUGAAUGAACCUGGUACUAGAGAAGGACAGACUCGCCUAAUCAGAGAUGGGGAGAAAGUCGAAGCCUAUCAGUGGAGUGUUAGUGAAGGGAGGUGGAUAAAAAUUGGUGAUGUUGUUGGCUCAUCUGGUGCUAAUCAGCAAACAUCUGGAAAAGUUUUAUAUGAAGGGAAAGAGUUUGAUUAUGUUUUCUCAAUUGAUGUCAACGAAGGUGGACCAUCAUAUAAACUGCCAUAUAACAUCACUGAUGAUCCCUGGUUAACUGCAUACAACUUCUUGCAGAAGAAUGAUUUGAAUCCUAUGUUUUUGGAUCAGGUGGCUAAAUUUAUUAUUGAUAACACAAAAGGUCAAAUGUUGGGACUUGGGAACCCCAGUUUUUCAGAUCCGUUUACAGGUGGUGGUCGGUAUGUUCCAGGCUCUUCAUCAGGAUCUUCUAACACACUGCCUGCAGCAGAUCCUUUUACAGGUGGUGGUCGGUAUGUACCAGUGUCUGCAAGUAUGGGAACUACCAUGGCUGGAGUUGAUCCAUUUACAGGGAACAGUGCCUACCAAUCAGCUGCAUCUAAGACAGUGAAUAUUUAUUUUCCUAAAAAAGAGGCUGUCACUUUUGACCAAGCAAACCCUACACAAAUAUUAGGUAAACUGAAGGAACUUAAUGGAACUGCAUCGGAAGAGAAGAAGUUAACUGAGGAUGACUUGGUACUUCUUGAAAAGAUACUAUCUCUAAUAUGUAAUAAUUCUUCAGAAAAACCCACAGCCCAGCAACUUCAGAUUUUAUGGAAAGCUGUUAACUGGCCUGAAGAUAUUGUCUUUCCUGCACUUGACAUUCUUCGGUUGUCAAUUAAACAUCCCAGUGUGAAUGAGAACUUCUGCAAUGAAAAAGAAGGAGCUCGGUUCAGCAGCCAUCUCAUCAGUCUUCUGAACCCUAAAGGAAAGCCAGCAAACCAGCUGCUUGCUCUCAGGACUUUUUGCAAUUGUUUUGUUGGCCAGGCAGGACAAAAGCUCAUGAUGUCCCAGAGGGAAUCACUACUAUCCCAUGCGAUAGAACUGAAAUCAGGGAGCAAUAAGAACAUUCACAUUGCUCUGGCUACAUUAACCCUGAACUAUUCUGUUUGUUUUCAUAAAGACCAUAACAUUGAAGGGAAAGCUCAGUGCUUGUCAGUAAUUAGCACAGUCUUGGAAGUUGUACAAGACCUGGAAGCCACUUUUAGACUUCUUGUGGCUCUUGGGACACUUAUCAGUGAUGAUUCAAACGCUGUACAAUUAGCCAAAUCUUUAGGCGUUGAUUCUCAAAUAAAAAAGUAUGCCUCGGUAUCAGAACCAGCUAAAGUAAGUGAAUGCUGUAGACUUAUCCUAAAUUUACUGUAACAGUGGGCUAGGGGACUGAGAUUUUAAAUUGUUAAGUGUUUUUUUUCUCACAUUUCACAUGACAUUACAGAUGAUGAAAAGAAUGCUGUGGAUUAAGUAAAAUUUCAGAUCUUGUAAAGUGGGGGCGGGGAAGGGGAAACAAAGGAGAAAUAAAAUUUUUGCACUGAU